AUGCCGACCGGCGUCUCACACCGUCCACGGGAUAACACAGACUGGAUGAAUUCCUCAUCCAAUGGACAGUACUGGCUCAUGACUCCCACAUCUGACGAUCGCAUCAUGCAUGUCCCACCAACAGUGAAACUCGACUCAACAGUACACCUUCCUGAUAGCACUGAUACACAAGAAACCCAAAACCCCGCUAAGCUUCGCCGGCGAGCCUCACAAGGAUCUCUUCGUACAAGACCGUCACCCGUGUCCCGAUUUCUCUCUAAGAGUAGUGUUGCUGUGAACUUUCAGUCGUGGGAUCAACGCGGUUCCUCGCCCGGAUCGCCGUAUCGACUAGAGUCUCGUACUCGGUCGGCAGACUCUCGUCUUCGUCUUUCAACCACUGUGUCUCGCGGGCCGAGACCUUUAUCUGCUUCGCCGGCUUGGAGCACUCCCUCCUAUCAGUCUGACUACCCCGCUACCUUACCCCCAACACCACCAGAGGAAGAUCUCCACGUUGCGUGGAAUCCCAAGUCUGAAAUGCUAUUGUUCGAUGCUCACUCCCAUCACCCAGGCCCUAUGGCCAUGAUGGACCACAACCCGAGCGUGGACAACUCUUCUGCAACUGGUGCUUCAGAUACAUUCAGCAAUCCAUCGGAUGGGUCGUCUCACAGGUCCUCUAGCUCUGGAGGCAGCCCUGGACCUCGGGACGAAAUGGACUGCCAGCAGGAUAUAGGUUCAUGGCUGGAUCAUGGCAUCAAUUUGACUGCGUCAUCCCUUGCUCUCUCCAAACCACGAGGCGAAGCCGUAAAAAUCGUCUCUCAGACUCUUCCAUAUCCCAGAACAUCGGAUCAGUCGGUAUCGUCACCUCAACCCGACAGUGUCUUCGCUUCCAUCGUUCAGGCUGUUCACAACCACUUGCAACCUGGCCAAUCCCCCUAUAUCAACGUCACGCAUGCCGUACCAGAGCAAUUCAGCCUUUCGAACCUGCCCCAUUCUCCUCCUACCACUCCUCGCUCUCCGACUGCCGCCGAGGAUUAUUUCAACACAACGGUUUUCUCAAGUGCAGCAGUUGUAGGUGCUUACCAUGAUUACCAUGGGCCUCUUCAAGGACAUAUGGCCCACGCCCCGAUGCCUAUUGUCCCCCCUCACAGCGUUCACAUCUCGGUCCUCGAGCGAUAUCUUCCCCCAUCCUCGGCCCAAGAAUACCGUGACCUGUUCUGUCACACCCGCCCGUCUUUUCUUGUUGACCGCCUGAGCGAACUAUCUCCAAAUGGUGGUUCUCUCCUUUUCGUGUACCCGACCAAAAAGGGUGCCUCUACCUUCAAGUCCCAGUACUUGGGCCCCAUCCUCGACCCUCUCCUCCGUCAACUUGUUGUGGUGAAUGAAUUGUCUGCAGAUGUGGGUCGUGUUCUCGGCAAGCUCUCGACAGUCUCUCAAAUGGACGAUUUCGCCACUAUGAAAGCCAACCUUGUGGCACUCUGCGAAGCGUUAAGCGAUAGUGACUCCUCUUCCCAAUUCCAGGUCACCGAUGCAGGACGUGGCAGCACACACCUCGAUCGUGGUCUCUGGGCUGAAUGGUUCAUCCACCAAGAGAAGGCCCGCAUGAAGGCGGCCCUCAGCCUUUACUGGCAGAACAGCCGCCGCAUGCACAAGAAUAUGAGUUCGGGCAUGAUGUGCAACAAGGAAGUCACAUCCUCCGGGCUCCUGAGUGAGAUCUGCGACGGCAUCCGCAAGCGACGAUACGGUGAGGACAAUGAGCCUCACGACGGUAUUGAGCUUGGUGUCUUUGUGAUUCGUCGAACAAAUUAG